AUGCCUUCCCGAUAUUCCCAUGUCGUAACUUCGCCCAUGGCUCCUCUAUCGGAAAUCAUCAAACUCGAACCGGAGAGAGAACCUUGGUGCGCCGGUUACGCUCCUUCACAGGGCCGUCGUUGUCACGCCCGCACAAAUGCGCGCGGUCGCAGUUGGGCAAUGAUGCUUCUCAAUGACGGUACCAAAGACCUUCGAGCCGGUCGGAACAUCGAUACACUGCUAGAAGAUUUAGCCCCUCAUGUUUUAUGCACAAGGUUCCACCAGAGCCAAGCUUCGGAUCUUUUGCGUCGUUGGAAAAGACAAGUCCGUACAUAUCUCGAUUCGCACGUUGUUUCAACGCCAUAUACACGGCCAGUGAGAACAUCAUCCCAAAUGAUCUUCGAGACCGCUGAGGCGAAUAUGGAGGAGAGAAUUGCCAUUCUUCACCAAAGACUUCGUGAUGCCAAGGAAGAGAUCAGGCGCCUUAAGGUCGCUCAAUCUGGCUUACCGGUUACUGGGAACCCACGUCAUCACGGGGGUAGAAACAUGAGCGCAGUCGUCAAUCCCAGCAGCAUGGGAAGCACAUUGAGCCGAAAUCCCCCAGUAAAUCGUCCUAACGAGGCAUUGAGAAGAGACUUGACAGAAUCUUCUACCAACCAAUCAGCAAUCGCAGUACCUCGACCAGUUCAAGCCCAAUCCAGUCGUCAAACAAGCGCUGUUUCUAUCCCAAGUCCAAGAUCAUUGAACACACCAACUGUGCCUCGCGCCUUCAGUAGAACUGGUAACACGGCCAGCCAGGCUGAAACAUCCCAGCCCAAUCGCCAUGGAGACUGGGACGCAGAAGAGGGGAGCGAGAACAGUGGUGGCGAUGACCACGGUGAUAAUGAUCAAGACAACGAUGAUGAGGACGAUGAUGAUGAUGAUUAUGAUGACGAUGCUGAUGCUGAUUCUGACGAUAAUGAUGACGAUGCGGACGAUGAUGAACGCCUUAAAGAAUUGGUUUGGUGCAAGGCACGCUGUGGAGUCAACUUCCACAAACAAUGCAUCGACCAAUGGCUAGAAACGGAUCACGCACCCACCUGCCCAGCAUGUAGGAGUACUUGGAAACACUGA